CCGGGCAGUUGCGCACGAGCGGAAACGCCAGAGUCAUCAGCAGAGACAGCAGAUAAUAGGGCCGAUAAAACCAUUUGUAAAUCUUAGGAAUAUGGUAUAAAGUAGAAACAAGCCCUCUAAUUAAACUCAUUGCUGCAGACGUAGUAGAAACCCAGUCCCAUGUGGUGAAGGAAAGAGAAGGGAGGGUAGAAAUAGAUCAGACAGCUGAGGGUCAGUGCGGUAAUAUGAACCGAUAAACGCGUUUCCAGAAAACCACUUGAACUGGGAGCUGCUCGCUUUCCGUAGCGUGACGCGCUUCUUUUGGCGGGGACUUUUGUAAACAUCAACAGCAACAUGGAGGAAUCUGAAUCCGUUUCUGCGAAGAAUAAUGCGGAUAAAGUCGAUGUUUCCUCCCGUCAAUCCUCUCAGACUAAACCGAGACUCAAACUCUUUAAUAAGGUGAUGGAGAAGAGUCUGCAGUGGCUGCUGGACAACGCCAGUUUCGACAGGUUUUCUCACUAUUUCCAGCCACUGUCAAAGCAAAACCCUCAACUGACUGAAGCCAUGCACAAACAGUUCAUCAGCCAACUGCAGACUUUAGUACAGAAGGAAAUUGCGACUGUGAUUGAAGAGGGCGAUCUGCAGGUGAGGCUUGAAGAGUUGGACAAACUGCAGGAGCUCGCUAAAGACACGCCACACGCUGCAUGGCGUCCGACUGGUGUUCCGGAGCAGGAUGUGUGCAGUGAUCUAGUGUCGUAUUAUAAGAAGCAGGAGGAGUACAUGCGGAUACAGCUGAAGAAGCUCCAGAAGGAGAACGCUGGUCUGGCUCAGAAGGUGCAGGCCGGCCGAGAGAACGUCACACACACGGAGCAGCGCAUCGCCUCGGGGGUGGAAGAAUGGAGGGCCUCUCUUGAAGAUCUGGAAGCAUUUGUUUCGACUCUUUCCCCGUCUGAGAACUUCGAGUCUCUCUAACAUCCAUCUUUUUUUUUGUUGUUGUUGAUUAAGUGAAGCUUGAAUAUGAUCUUAUUUUGCAUCUGUUAUAAUAAUAUGUCAUUAGUAUGUGUGCUCUAUUCAUUAAACAUUCCUUGCACUUUUUAA